CGUCUGGGUGGUCUUAACCAAUCACCGCACAGUAUGAUACGGCGGUAAAAUGCAUCCAAUUAUAAUUCAGUAUGUAUUCACAUAUGAAUAUUACACUCAGGUACUGAGACAUUUCUCAUCAUUGAACUUCCCAAUACAAGGGGAUGGAGAUGGAGAAAUCCACCCAUUCCUACCCCUCACACAAUUCGUUGAACCUUUCACAGGCCUAUGAGUAGCAGGAUAGCAUACGCCCGCUGCUCCCGGGGAUAGAUCCAGACCUCCCAUAGCAGGCAGUGCCCCGUCAGAUCCAGAGAGAGGGAAAGGUUCCAAACUUGACGACGAAGCCGCUGCAGGAGUCAGCGUUGAUGAAAUCAGCACAGCCGUCGCAGACACAGGCAAUCCCAACGAUAUAGGCACAGGUCGAUCAGGUACCACCAGUACAGCGAAGCUAUAACUUAUGUCUAUCUGCUCCGAACCCCUCGCACACACUCCUGUCCGCUUAGCAGCAUGCCGCUGCCUUCUGUUUCCACGACUUGUGACAUGGGACCAGCGCUGAUUGAAACAAUCAUCUUGCUGUUCUUCGUCUACUCCACUACAAGACGGAGGAGGAGAAGCAGAUGGAGACGUCUUUCUUGGCAGGCAAGUUCCAGGUAGCACAGGCCAUUCGGAUAGGGACAGAUGACAAGGCGGGGAAACAUUCAUCAGGCCCGAGCGGCAGUCCAGCUACAGGAGUCGAGAACUGAAACUUGACUCGAGAACUGAAACUUAACUGAAAUCUUAUCAGAAACACGUUGGGUUGUUUUCACAGCUUUCUUUUUCCUUACCAUCGGUCAAACUGAUGUCAUUUGGACAUUUUGGACAUUUGGUAAAAACGUUUGCGAUAUGGUAUUUUCUCACCAGUCCCUAAACGUCUUUACUCCUCGAACGAUGACAGAGAACUUUACUGAUAUUCACUAUAUAGAUUGAAGCAUUCAUUCUAUCAAAUUAUUACAUUAUUCUGUUUCACAGGGGUAUAUUUAGUCUUCUAUUACAACAUAUUAUGACAAAAGAGAAGCUACAUGUAUCUAACUAUAGACACGUUGACUAACAUAUAGCCUACCCAAAUAUCCGAAAUUAUAAGCAGGAACAUAUCUUAAUCAAGCAAAAAAUAAAUCCUGCAACCGCUGUCAAAAAACCUUUCUGCCGUCUUUGACUGUAGCGCAUUGUCUAUAUUUGUGGGUUAGGGUUGAGUGCGGGCCUCAGAGUUUGACUUUAUUACAUAUAGUCAGGCUGUUGCAGAUGGGUUAUUAGAUGGGUUAUUAGCGGGGCGGCAGGGUAGCCUAGCGGUUAGAGCGUUGGACUAGUAACCGAAAGGUUGCAAGUUCGAAUCCCUGAGCUGACAAGGUACAAAUCUGUCGUUCUGCCCCUGAACAAGGCAGUUAACCCACUGUUCCUAGGCCGUCAUUGAAAAUAAGAAUUUGUUCUUAACUGACUUGCCUAGUUAAAUAAAGAUAAAAUAAAAUAAAAAUUGCAGGUGAACAAACAGCUCACCACUAAAAUGUAUGGCUUCUUAUAAUUUGUGUUUAAUUAUUUUGAACUUUGCCAGAAAACAGUAUGACCCACCAAUCAAGUUUUACACAGGGUUGUCACCAUUUUGUGAUUGUGCAGUUAGCAUAGUUUGUCUUUGUCUUGUAUAAAUACUGCAGCUUGUUGUUAACAUAACGUAAUGCCACAGAAGUGAAACUUUGGUAACAAAUCUGCACGCAAAGACACAUUUUUGACUUUCAAGCAUAAAAACACACACACACACACACACACACACACACACACACACACACACACAGGUUUUCCACACAUGUUUGCAUAGGCCCACACUGGUACUGAUGUAGAAAUACCUGAUUCAGGGAAAGGGGUGUGGAUUUAUUAUGUUUUCAGAAACGAAACUCAAGACAGAGAGAAAUAGAGAUCCAAUACACAGGGAGUAUAUGAGCCUAAAGUAAAGGAAGAUCGCAUCAGCUGAAAGACAUGGCCUUCUCAUCUGCAGUCUCCAUCUCCAUCAACACCCCUGUCCUGAUUGAACAGCACCUCAACUGCUCCAUCUGUCGGGGCCUGUUUAAGGACCCGGUCACCACCCCCUGUGGUCACACCUUCUGCCAGACCUGCCUGGAAUGCAACCUCCACUUCAAUGACCUCAUAUGCCCCGUCUGCAAGGAGCAUCUGAGGAGGAACCCACAGGUGAACAUCAUCCUCAGUACUCUCAUUCAGGAGUUGAAGAAGGCCCAGGAGAGGAAGCCAGGGGAGUAUUCUGGAGCUCCAGGUGAGGUGGCCUGUGACGUCUGCACUGAGAGGAAGCUAAAGGCCCAAAAGUCCUGUCUGGUGUGUCUAGCCUCAUACUGCGAGACUCACCUGGGCCCCCACACCUCAGCAGGCAGGCUGAAGGGCCACAGGCUGGUGGCCCCUGUGAAGGACCUGGACGGGAGGGCGUGUCUGACCCACGGUCGUCCCCUGGAGCUGUAUAGCAGAGCAGAGGGGCGCUGUGUCUGUGCCCUCUGCGUGGAGGAGGGUCACGAGGUCAUCUCUGUGGAAAUGGAGUGGGACAGGAAGAAGGGUAACCUGGAGAGCACCAAGGCUGAUAUGCAGGGGAGGAUCCUGGAGAGGGAGAGAAAGGUGGAGGAGAUCAGGGUGUCUGUGGAGCAGUGCAAGGCCCACGUGGACAGGGAGAGGAGGGAGAUUGACUCUGUGUUCAAAGCAGUGAUAGCAGCUGUAGAGGAGACCCAUCUAGAUGCUCUCAGGCCCAUGGAGGAGAGGCAGCAGGAGGUGGAGAGAGAGGCAGGAGAACUCACCCAGGAGCUGAAGAGAGAGAUCAGAGAACUGAAAGAAACCAUUGGUCAAUUGCAGGUUGUUGCUGACCUCAAGGAUCACAUUCACUUCCUGCAGACUUUCCCAUCCCUGUCGGGGCUGGGUGAUGGCAGAGACUGGACUGAGGCCUCCAUUGAUACUACACUCUCCUUUGGCACCAUGAGAAGCAGCUGGUCGACCAUGACGGAGAGAAUCAAGCACGAGCUGGAGAAGCUCUCCUCAGUUGAACUUAAGAGGAUCCUGAAGUUUGCAGUUGACGUGACAUUGGACCCGGACACAGCAAACACACAGCUGAUUCUAUCUGAGGACGGGAAAGAAGUGAGAGAUGGAGGAAAGAUACAGGACCUCCCUGACUGUCCGCAUCGCUUCGAUCACUUCGGCAGCGUCCUAGGACAAAACAAGCUAACCUCUGGGAGAUCAUACUGGGAGGUGGAUGUCGGCAACAAGACGGGUUGGGAUCUGGGAAUAGCAAGAGGAGAUGCCAACAGGAAGGGGAAGCUCUCUGUGAAUCCUACUAACGGUUACUGGGCAAUAGUGAAUUAUAAUGGUGCCAAAUACGGAGCCUUGGGGGACCCCCCUUUUCUGUUGUCACUGAGAGAAAAGCCCCAGAAGGUGGGGGUGUUUGUGGAUUAUGAGGAGGGGUUGGUGUCUUUUUAUGAUGUGGAGGCUAAGGCUCACAUACAUUCUUUCACUGGGUAUUCCUUUAUUGGGGAAAUAUAUCCAUAUUUCAGCCCACAUCUUCUGAAUGGGGAGGAGAACUCAGACCCACUGGUCAUCACCAAAACAGGGUGAUGUCCCGCAUUGCUCAGCCUUAUAGGUGAAAGACAUUCACUUCAGGUUAGGAUUAGGGCUACAGCUAGAGUUAGGGCUGGGUCAGGUUAGGGCUGUGGCGGUCACAAAAUUUCAUCAGCCGAUGAUAGUCAAGCAAAUAACUGUCGGUGUCAAGGUAGUUGACCGUUAAUUAACAUAAACACAUUUAGCAUCUCCUGGCUUCCACACAUACAAGCCAUUGGUGCAGACCUUUGGAACGUUAACAUUUAAAAAGUCUAAUAAGUCAACGUAACAUAGCCUACUAAUUCACAAUAAAUCCAUUAUUUAUUUUAGACAGGUCUAAAGAAGCAUGAUAUUAAGAAAAUGUAGUCUAUUUCAGAAGAAUAGAAUAGCCUACUUUGAGAUGUCCUUAUUUUAGGUCCUGAUCUGGCUAUGCCUGUCACGUCCUGACCAUAGAAAGCUUUUAUUUUUCUAUGGUAGAGUAGGUCAGGGCGUGACAGAGGGUUUUGUCUAGUUUAUUUAUGUCUAUGUUGGAUCUAGUUUCUUUUUUCUAUGUUGGGGUUUGUCUAGUUUAUGUAUUUCUAUGUGGGGUUCUAGUUGUUGUAUUUCUCUGU